AUGUCUCCAAUAGUUGGUGCAUCUAUAUUUGACAUCAGAUCGGAAGAAAUUGGAAGUAUCUCCAGUACUCCUGAUAAGACAGACUUCACAAGUUCAAGACCAAACACACGCAGACGACUUUUGAGUGAUCAUGACCAGAUCAUCCAACCACAGAACAAUGAUCAUGGUAUUAUGGAGGUCUACCUACAUCGGCUUCAGAGCAACCCAAUGUUUGAAGAACUGUCCAAAAUCCUGGCAGAUGAAUGCCUACAUAUGCAAACACCAACGAACCUAAUAAAUGUUUCAUGGGAACCGACUGCAAAUCAAGGAAGGUCACGUAAUAUUCACAAGGCACAUCUCAACUUGCAGAAAAAAUUUCUUCAGUUCCGCUCCCAGGAACGAUUUCAAGUUGCAGCACUCGAAAUUGAGAGCAGUUACAGCAAGGAAGUGAGUAAAAUGGAGAUUGACAGAUAUGUUGAGCUCAGUCUUGCUAUGUCACCACAGCACUCUAAAUCAGUCCAUGAGAACUUUGAUUGCAAGAGACUUCGACUUAUUAGCGAAAUAAAUAAUGAUCUGGAUGCAUUGUUAUUAAACAAGAACGCACAGACUAAACGCAGGUCACAUGACACAGCCUCACCACUUUCGGACCACCAAUCAGAUUCUGGUUUAUCAUCAGCAGACGACAACUCCAACACUGAUCUCCACGCAAAAUUCGAGCAGUCAACAAUUGAUGUUCUCGGUCUCGCUAUGGCUGCCGCUGAAGUUAUGCCUGAUAUAGCUGAUCUAAAAAAUCACAACUUCGACAGCGGAUUUAGAGAAAUACCCAGUCUUCUAGAAACAUUUCCUGAACCAAGACAGGACAUUGUUCACUGCCAGCAGACUACACAAUUUCCAGUGGAACAGUUUGAAACACAAUCUUCACGACUAUCUCUGAAACGCAAACUGGAAACCAGUAACGACCAGAUCUCUCCUGGGGUGAUCAUACCGAAAAAAGCCAAAUCGGAACAAGUUAAAUCAAAAUCACGUCAGAUUACACCGGAAACAACAAGAAUUCUUACAGAAUGGUACGACAAACAUGUUCAAUACCCCUAUCCAACUGAAGAAGACGUCGAGUACCUGAUAGAGCUGACCAAUAUAUCUGCACCACAAGUAAAAAAAUGGAUGGCAAAUAAAAGAGUGCGUUGUUUUAAUACAUUGUCUAUAACCGGUAAUAAGCACCCAAUUAAGACCAAGCUUGGUGGAAAACGCAAAAAUCCUGAAAGCAGCAACAACUACAAGCAACUUAACGACAAAUCAAGAAAGAUUUUAAGUGACUGGUACGAUUUCCAUAUUUACAAUCCAUACCCGACGGAAACAGAAAAAGAACAGCUUGCUUCAAUUGCCGGGAUCACUGUUGCGCAAGUAAAGUCGUGGUUCGCCAACCGACGAAGCCGUGCUUCCAAUAGAAAACGUCAAGUUCCGAACUACUUUUUGGAGAAGUUUCCAGAAUAUAGCUCACAUGUUCAGAUGAUUCAGGUUCAUAGAGACCAGACGAGAAGACGACUACGACCAGAACCCGCCAUUGAUAUGCAGCAGAACUACCAUUUUUAA